AUGACGGUUCAAGCGAGGAGAUCUUCCGCGGCUCACAGCAAACCGUCUCCGUACUCAACGCGCAAUAACCCCCAAGACAGCGACGUGGAAAAAAAUACUCUCAAUACCCGCCAGCCCUACUAUAAUCAUCAUCAUCACCACCACCAAAGCGAUGGCGAUGACGAAAUCUCCGACUCUGGAGCCGGUCACUCUUCCAUAUCCUACCCACCGUAUGGCGGCGCGGCACGACGUCGUACGAGGCCUCCGAUCGGCUUCCGAGUACCUCAACGGAUCAUGAGAUGGCUCUGUUUUGCCGUGUUUAUCUCCCUUGUCCUCUUUAUCCUGACCCUCUUCCGCUUCACAAUAUCCUCCUCGGUGUCCCCCGUGGAGGUGGAGCUCCCCAAAAAUCAGCCCGUCAAACCUCCACUCUGGGAAAGUUUCCCUUUCUUAAAACGAUACCACGGGGGACUUACAACCCUGGUGAAGCGCAGUGAGAACGUGCCCGAAUAUCCUGGUGACAACGCGGAUGGAUUGGCGCUGGCAGAAGACUCUCCCACGCAGGCUGACGAAAACCACCUCAAUGCUCGAGGAUUGGCGCCCAAGAUGUCGAGCUCAGCCUUCGACCCAUACCCGCAAUACGAUUCGGCGGAAUACAUCGCCAAGUACGGCGAGAAACGCGAGUGCUUCUUGGACGAAAAGAACUCGGUACGGGUCCCCAAGCUGCAGUCGUUCCCCGGUGUGCCCAAGGGCUUUCCGGACCCCGUCAUGGGUUCCAACACCAUGUUGGGAAUUCGGGAUGAUAUGUGUUUUGAUCGCUUUGGACGGUUGGGCCCGUAUGGGAUGGGCUAUGGCGUCAAAAAAGGCGGCAGCGGAGCCGGACUGGACGGUCAUCGCGAUGGCAUUGAGCCCAUCUGGGAGGAUGUCCCUCCGGUUGAUUAUCGGCAGGUGAACUGGUCAAGCGCCCAGCAGCGUUGCAUUGCAGCGAACCGCCACCGAUUCAAGGCUCUACCUGAACCCCGGCUCAAUCGCUUUGUGGCAAUGCCCGUGGGUAUCCCAAAGGUUGAAAUUCCCACGCCCCAAGAUGAUAGCAAGGUGGAGCCCAAACUCGGAUCUGACCGCUUGUCGCGAACCGCGGUGGUGAUUCGGACCUGGCACGAUUUCAAGUAUACGACAGAGGAUAUCCUCUACCUGCGAUCUGUCAUCUCCGAGUUGGCAUUGCAAUCUGGCGGCGAGUAUACCGUGCACUUCCUGAUUCACGUCAAGAGCAACGACCUGCAAAUUUGGGCCGACGAUGAGACCUAUGAGCGCGUCCUGAAUGAGGCCCUCCCCGAGGAGUUCCGAGGGAUGGGCACACUCUGGUCAGAAGCACAAAUGUCUCUCAUUUACCCUGCGCUUGAAGAAACGUUUGCGCGCGGGCUUCCCGUUCAUGGAGUCUACCGUAGCACUUUCAUGCCAAUGCAAUGGUUCGCCUAUCAGCAUCCCGAGUAUGAUUACUUUUGGAACUGGGAAAUGGACGUUCGCAACACGGGCCACUGGUACCAUUUUUUCGACAAGGUGGUCAACUGGGCCAAGGAGCAGCCCCGCAAGGGACUAUGGGAGCGUAACGCGCGCUUCUAUGUUCCGUCGGUGCAUGAAUCGUGGGAGGACUUCCGUCAAAUGGUCCGUGUGCAGACCGAGAUUGGCACAAACAGUCCCAACAAUCUGUGGAGUCCCUACAAGCCCGGCCCCGAUGGUCCAAACGGCGACAAGAACGCACCCAGCCUGCAUCAACAAGGGGACAAGCCCAUUUGGGGGCCUGAGCGACCCGAUGAACCCGAUAUCUUUGAGGUUGAUGGCGAGGGCAUCCCGCCCACGACCAUAGAGAAGGACCGGUACACUUGGGGCGUGGGGGAAGACGCCGACUUGAUCGUGUUCAACCCGCUGUACGACCCGGAGGGCACAACGUGGCUGCUUCGUGAUGAUUAUAGUGGAUAUCGCCGCGAGAAUGGGCAGGGCCCGCCGCGGCGCACCGCCAUCAUCACAGCGUCACGGUUAUCCCGUAAGCUGCUGAUCACGAUGCAUCGCGAGACAAGUCUUCGUCGCCAUACCAUGUUCUCCGAAAUGUGGCCCGCCACAACCGCUCUGCACCACGGGUUCAAAGCCGUUUACGUCCCCACGCGGUUUACAUUGACCGCCGCUGGCCGACACGAUACCUGGAAUCUGUCUUUAAUGCUGGCCGAAACGGCGCCUCGGGUGGGGCUCGUACAUCAGUGUUUGGCGAUCGCGAGCACAAUUUUCGAGGCACGACCUGGUUCUACUCUGCUGGAUUCUCGCCCAAUCUCUGGCGCCGCUGGCUCGGACUUCGUGUGGACGAUUUCGGGGGUGAACAGUACGAGCUGGCCGGUGAGGGCCGCUUUUGUCUACCACCGAUGCUUCUUCAUCCCGUGA